AUGGCCUCCUCCUCCUCCUCAUCACCUUACCCACUUGCCUCUUCGCCGCUGACGUCGCCGCUCAAGUUAUCAUCUCUCGCAAUUUCAUCUGACCACGAUGAAGAGUUGGUUGUGGCUCUUUUCAUCGAGCUCAGGUACAACGAUGAGUCAACAAUGUCAAACACCGAGCCCAACAUCGAGGAGGAUUCAGACCUGAAUGAGGUGCCUGAGUUCGAGGAAGUGGUGGAGUCAGAGCUAGAGGAAGAGGCGGAUCUAGUCAGUGAUGAUGUCACCGAUGAGCACGGUUAUGACAGAGACGACAACAAGGAGCCUAAGGAGGAUGACGAUGAGGAUGAGGAGGAGAAGGAGGAGCAUGAGCUUGAGGAGGACGAGGACUCUAAUGACUGUGAGUACAAUGACAACGAGGACUAUUGA